UUAGGCUCAAUGAGUAGGGUUUUAGGGCUUGCAUUAUAAAAUCCGUUGUUUCGUUCGUCAUUUCGCUUCGCUUCCGCCUACGCAGACACCUUUUGUGUGCUUCGGCCGCUCAUCUUCCAGGAACGAGAAAGGAAAUAAUUUUCAAGCAUCAAGAAUGUCGGGUGAAGAGGCUGCUGUCGCAGUGGAGACACCUGCCCCUCUUCUAGGGGAGACCAUGGACAUCAUGACAGCCUUGCAGCUCGUGCUGAGAAAAUCGCUUGCUCAUGGUGGGCUUGCCCGUGGCCUUCAUGAAGGUGCAAAAGUAAUUGAGAAGCACGCUGCCCAGCUUUGUGUUCUGGCAGAGGACUGUGACCAGCCCGAUUAUGUUAAACUGGUUAAAGCUCUCUGUGCUGACCACAAUGUAAAUUUGAUGACAGUUGCUAAUGCAAAGUCCCUAGGCGAGUGGGCUGGUUUGUGCAAGAUUGAUUCUGAGGGAAAAGCCAGAAAGGUAGUUGGUUGUUCCUGUGUUGUUGUGAAGGAUUUUGGCGAGGAUCAUGAAGCUCUUCAUAUUGUUAGGGAGCAUGUCAAGUCUAACUGAGUGGUAAUGGAUCUAGAUUUAAUGGGAUCUGAUCCAAUGCGAUGUUUUGCCCUUGGAGACCGACCUUUUUGUUCUUUUGGCGGAAUUGAGUGUUGUUUAGUUACUAUAACAAGAUCUAUGGUUCUCUCCUUGUUUGUUCUUUUGAAAUAGUAUUUAAUGCAUGCCUCUUUAACAGGAUUUUGCUCC